CUUCCCCCACUUAAUCUCUUACGUUUUGAUAUAUCCUCUAAUGGGAACUCAUCUACUUUUCAUCGCUUUUGUCACUCUUUUUUGUUGUUUCUGUCUACCUCAGCUAAUCGAAGCUAAACGAUACGGAGUGUACCGCCAACAAGUGUUCGUGGAUCAAUCUGGCAAUGGAAAUUUCACGAAAAUACAAAAAGCGAUCGAUUCGGUUCCAGCCAACAAUCGUAAUUGGUUCUUCAUCAACGUUGCAGCCGGCCUUUACAAGGAGAAAAUAAAGAUACCAUAUGAUAAACCCUUCAUUGUAAUAGUGGGGGCUGGAAAGAGGAAAACUAGGGUUGAAUGGGACGACCAUUACUCAGUUGCACAAAGUCCUACUUUUGCUACUAUCGCAGAUAACACCGUCGUUAAGAGCCUCACUUUCGUGAAUACGUAUAAUUUCCCGAAUAAUGGAAAAGUGAACAAGAACCCUAGGACUCCAGCGGUGGCGGCGUUGAUCGACGGUGAUAAGUGUGCUUUUUACUCGGUAGGGUUUGCCGGAAUUCAAGAUACCUUGUGGGAUUCGGAUGGUCGACACUUGUUUCACCGUUGCACUAUCCAAGGCGCCGUUGAUUUCAUCUUUGGUAACGGCCAAUCUAUUUACAAGAAAUGUGUAAUUCAAGUGCUAGGAGCGACACUAGAACCGGGGCUAGCUGGAUACAUAACGGCUCAAGGACGGACAAACCCGUACGACGCGAACGGGUUCGUGUUCAUGGAUAGUCUCGUUCACGGAACCGGGAUGGCUUACUUGGGCAGACCGUGGCGUAGUUACGCUCGAGUGAUCUUUUACAACACUAACUUGACCAAUGUGGUUGUUCCCGAAGGUUGGGACGCAUGGAACUUAGUGGGCCACGAAUCACAGCUGACGUAUGCAGAAGUUGGAUGCUUUGGAAGUGGAUCUAGUACGACGAGACGUGUGAGCUGGGUUAAGAAGCUGAAUGGACCCAUGGUUGAAAGUUUGAGUAGUCUCAACUUCAUUAACAAUGGUGGGUGGGUUCAAGAUUUGCCCAUUCGUAUUUGAUUGAUCUCAUUGCUUCUGUUUAUCUUGUUUUUUUUUUCUUAUUUAUCCUUCCCAAGUUUUUAGUUUGACUACGUGGAUUUGCGUUUAUCAAGUUAUGCAUAAAGGUAAAUAAAGGAUGUGCAAAAUUUACUAUCGGUUAUAAGGAUUCGGUUUGCAUAUGAAUACCCAUAUUAAUUGCUUCAUGCAAGUUUCAUCUUUAACUUGUAACUGGUAAGACUUGUGCAGUACAGUAUUAAGUUUCAGAGCGUUACCAAGAGAACUAGAGAAGCCCUCAAAUACUCACCGACGGUGCCUACAGCUUCUCCGGAAGCAUCACAAAAAAUAACCUACAAAUACAAUUAACAAAAGAUAAGAUAACUUAAAUUUUUCAUAUAAUUAA